GAAGCGGAAACCUCCCUGGAGCUUCCUCUGCUCUGGCCUCUCCCCGGGGACCCACAGGUGUCGCUGCCCCUUGGGCCAGAGCAGGCCCCGGAAGCCCCUGGCCUGCCCCCUCGCCCUGGAAGGUGCAUUUCCUGCCUGGAGACUUAGUCCCUGGCGUCCGCCACAGGCAGGGGCGGCUGAGCUGGGGGCAGUGGACCAGCUGCAGGGAGGGCGACCUGUAUGCGGAGCGCCGUUCCUGCGCCAUGGACCGCGGUCAGCCCAGCCUGGAGCCUGCUGCCGCGGCCCCUGGAACCUCGGGCCGGUGCGUGAUCGCGCCCGUGCGCGCCGUGCUCCGCCUGCGCCGCCGGGUGUGUGUCCUGCGCAAGCGGCGCCUCCUGCAGCCGGGUGGGGGGCCCAAUGUCGGGACCGGGGCGCACAGGCCGGGCUGCAGCUCCCCGGUGCCGCGCGCGGAUAUGGACCAGCCGCAGUUCUUCACCUUCGAUGGCCCUGCGGAGCUGUCCUCCAGGACGCCACGCAAGAGGCGUCGGCGCAGCCGCUUGGUGCUUUACCCGGAGACCUCGCGCAAGUAUCGGCCGCGCGUGGAGCACAGGAGCCGCGCGCAGCGCUGCCUGCUGUUGCUGGUCGCCAUCGUGGGCUUCCAGGUGCUCAACGCCAUCGAGAACCUGGACGACAACGCGCAACGCUAUGACCUCGACGGGCUGGAGAAGGCGCUGCAGCGCGCGGUGUUCGGCCAGCCCGCCGCCGUGGGACGCAUCGUUGCGCUGAUGCGGGACUACCUGGCCACGCACGUGCACAGUCGUCCGCUCCUCCUGGCGCUGCACGGGCCCAGUGGCGUGGGUAAGAGCCACGUGGGCCGCCUGCUGGCGCGCCACUUCCGCGCGGUGCUGGAGGACGGCGCGCUGGUGCUGCAGUACCACGCACGGCACCACUGCCCCGAGGCGCGCGCCGCACGGGACUGCCGCGAGGAGCUGGCGAGGCGCGUGGCCAAUGUGGUAGAGCGGGCUGAAGCGGAGGAAAAGACCCCGCUCCUGGUGCUGGACGACGUGGAGCUCAUGCCGCGGCCACUGCUGGACGAGCUGCAUGGCUUCCUGCAGCCGCAGCGCCCGCACCACUUCCACAACGCCAUCUACGUGCUCCUCAGUGGCGCGGGCGGCGCCGAGGUCACGCGCUUCGUGCUGCAGAACGCGUCCCGUGCGCUGCCCCUGCGCCCCGACGGUGCCCGCAGUGCCCAGGCCAAGGCGGCACAGGCGGACGAGGACUUGCGCGCCAGCCUGCAGGCACUGCUGUCCCGGGACCACCCACUGUGGCAGGCCGCGGCCAUCGUGCCGUUUCUGCUGCUGGACAAGCGGGACGUGGUCAGCUGCUUCCGCGACGAGAUGGCGGGUGAGGGCUUCUUUCCUGAUCAGGCUCGUGCGGAGCGUCUGGCCGCGCAGCUCAGCUUCUACCAAGUGGCUGGCCGCGAGUUUGCUGUGACUGGCUGCAAGCAAGUGGUGGCCACGGUGAAUCUCCUGUAGUAGAGGCGCCGGACGGGAGGUUUGGGUUGACGGCAGCAGUGGGCGGGUGACCAGGGACCUUGUGGGCAGGUGCAGGCCCCUGAGGCUUCUAGUGACUUUGUGGCUGCCAGGCUCAGGGGUGAAUCUCAGAGCUCUACCUCCAGGUCCACACCCUCCUCGGAGCCGCAGGAGAGCAGCCCCCUCCCUCCUGAACUCGCCCAUUCCCCUGCUGGGGGUCCCAGGCAUGGUCUGGUGGGUUCUGUUUGGUUGCAGGAGGUGGGCGCUGGGUUCCCAUGGUACAAGGAUGACCUCAGGGCUAGCAGUUCCCAGGUCACGCAGCUUUGGCCCACCUUGCCUUGGGGGGAAUGGCUGUGGGUAGGCGGCCCCCCACGCUCGGUGCUGGGGUGGGGCUCUCAUCCCCGCCACCCUGGAGAUGAGCACAGAGGAGGCUGCAGCCGACCAUGACAGUGCUGGGGUACUGCUGUCUUCUCCCACCCCACCCCUCACUCAGGUUGUGUUUUCAGCAGCUCAAGGCUUGAGCGACUUGACUCGAAGGCCGGGGGCCUCAGGCAGCCUCUCUCCUCCUUCCCAGAGCCCAAACCCCGUGCCGCCAGCUCUGGCUUGGGCUCACUGGGUGACCGAGAGCCCGCGGGGCAAGCAGGAGGUGCCCAGGCCUCCUCCCAUCCCCCUCUUCACGCACAUGAGCCCCUCAGCCCGUGGCUGCCACCUGCUCACCACGACUGCGCGACCCCCCUUCCCUAUGGCCUUUCGUGCCCCGAGUUCUGCCCACCCACCCCCUCCCCACGCCUGUCGACCCCACACCCCACAGCUCCCCAGGCUCUGCCUCUCGGAAGCCCUCCUGGACUCUUCUGGGAGAUCGGCUUCCCACACCCAUGGGGGCUUUAGAGGAAGGUGCUUUCUGUCCCACAUCUCCUUGGGGGCGGCGGUCGCCCCUGAACGGUUCUCGCUGCCUCCUCCCGCAGCCCAGGUGCCUGGGUUGCACCGGGCAGCCUCACUGCCGCCGCCUUGUGGCGCGCCCGGCCCAGCCUGCGGAGCCGGCGAGCCCGUGGCUUCUGUGGUAGCCGGGGCUGAGCGCGAGCCUGGGCACUGAGUCCCCCAGGCCGCCCCAAGCCCCUGUCCCCGACACCGGCCCCGCAGCGGUUCCGGCCUGGGAGGAGCACACGGGCGCCGUGACCCGUCCUGAGGGGCUCAGAGGGCGGCGAGGAGGUUUCACACCCAUGCGGGGCGCGGUCGAGUGGGGUCACCGCAAAGACGGAGGCGGGACCGCGCCAGGAGCCCAGAGUCAAGCGCACUCGGUGCGGGCCCCAGCGAGUGGGAAUCCCUCGCGUGCGCGCGCGUCCCCGGCCCCGAGGCCUCAACUCAGUCGGGAGACCGCGCUCGCCGGCGCUGCUGUCCUUGGAGAGGCCCCGCGGGUCUUGCGGAGGGUGUCCCAUUCUCCCCCGUCCAUUCUCACCCUGGUGGUUGGUGUCUGUGGUCUGGGGCGAGGGCCGUGUAAUGGAACCGGGGAUUCGGGCCCCUUGAAAGUCUGGGAUCUCCGGGUGGAUGGCGGUGGCUCCCCCGAGCUCAGCACCCAGGUCUUGGGCCCAGGGAGGAAGCCGAUGCGCUAGGGCUGCCGCGUCCUGCCCAAAGGGGCCUGAGGACUCCUGCGGCUCUCCAGCUCCUGGAGUUUUGGGGAGGCAUCUGGUUCAGCGGGGUGGGGCUGGGGCUUCCAGGAAACCUUUGUCUCUUGGGGCUGUGAGGACCCUCUGGCCAUCUCUGGGAGCUGUCUCGCCCACCCACAGGGCGGGGCAGUCGGGGGAAGGAGACCCCUCCAGCAGAGUGGCUGUCCCAGGAGCCCACACAGAGGGGCACCCAGCUCUGGUCUGGCCUUCGUGUUGGCUUCAAGGUCGUUGGCUUCAAGUGGGGGGCGUGUCUGCCAGUCCCUGCAUGGGUGAAUGUUGGGGUGCUCACCACUCCCCAGGCCUGUCACCUCCCCCUCCCACAGAGCACCCAGUUGGAGAUGAGCACAUCCACCCUUCAGUCAACAACACCCACCUAACAUCUGCUUGUAUCGAAAGGUCCAAAUCUAAGGGGCAAUUUCCCUCCCUCUCUCCCUCUUUCUUUCCUGGCGCCAUCUCACCUCACUGCAACCUCUGCCUCCCAGUUUCGAGUGAUUAUCCUGCAUCAGCCUCCCGAGUAGCUGGGAUUACAGGUGCCCACCACCACGCCCAGCUAAUUUUUUCAAUUUUUAGUAUAGAGAUGCGGUUUCACUGUGUUGGCCACGCUGGUCUCGAACUUCUGACUUCGCGAUCCUCCUGCCUCUGCCUCCCACAGUGUUGGGAUUGCAGCCUUGAGCCACCGGCAACCUCUUUUUAAUUUAUUUCUAAAAUGUUACAUUGAGGCCAAUUUUUGUGCUUUAGAAGAAUGUGCACCAAACACUAGUUAUAAACAAGACCGGAAAUCAUGCUUGUUAAUAAACUGUGUGGUUCAGAUCGGAUAA